AUGAAAACAGCUACUCCAAAGAUCCAAAAACCUAAAGUUAAUAACUUUGUAUUAGUCUUAGAGCAGUUUUUAGAAAAGUAUAAUCUAAUAGCUGACUCUACUUUAAAACAAUUAAGCAAACAUGCUUUCAAACUUAAUGCUCUACUUCCUGAUUGGAUGAUCUGUAGGCUUAAAAGAAUUCAAAAUAUAGAUGUUUCUAAAAUUUCAACUAAAGAAGAUUUCAUAAAUAUAAUUGUGAUGUUGAGUAUGAGACCUGCAGAAGUAAGAUCUUUUCAAAUUAUUUAUUAUGAACCAAAUCCUUUAAAUGCUCCAGUAUGGUAUAAAGAAGAUUAUUCUUGGUAUUGUACAGGCUAUUUAAAAAAUAGAGAAGAGAAGAAAAAAAAAUCUGAAUCCUGUAUAUUUCUUUCCAUAGAGAAGAAUUUGGAAUGUGUCAGAGAAUUACUUAUCUGGAUUCAAAAUGCAAUUAAGCCAAAAAAAGAUUAUAGAAAUAAACAUGCUUUCAGAAUACAUGAAGAUAAAAAACCAAUAUCCCAACAUCUUAAACUGGUUUCAAAAAUUAUAAUAAGACAAGAAUCAGACUAUCUUAAUAUAGGUGAUAAUUACACUAUAGGCAAUAUAGAAUCAAAAGAGUCUAACUCCAAACCAGAGACAAAUAACAAUUUAAAAUCUCAAAUACAGGCUUCUUUGUCAUCUCAAACAAUAGAAAUAGUUUUAAUAUUAGUUGAAAUUGAUCUAAUAUUAGCUGAAAUUCAGAAAUAA